AUGCAAACUCCAAAAACUCCCAAUAAAAUAGCAUCUCUUUUGCCGCCACGAUGCAGACCUCGAAACAUCGUCCAGGCCAUUCUGUCAACCAAAAAGCCUCUCUUGCCUCAUCCUCAUCAUUUACCUUCCAAAACCAGCCUAAACUCCUCAUCCACUCAAUCUUCAUUAUCCUUAUCCUCAUCACGCGACACAUCUUUAAAGCACCGUUCUCAGUCAGAAACCAAGCGGAAUAUUCGUAAUCUUGCUGCAAUUCCUUAUAUUUCUGCUUCAUCUUGGUGCAUAUUGGAAGGAAAUUCAGGGAAUCUUAUAUAUGGACACUUUGAAGGACAAAUCAGAGAAAUAGCCAGUCUGACUAAAAUUAUGACGUGCUAUGUCGCUAUAAAAUUAAUUAAAGAAAGCCAAACUUUGAAUUUAAAUACAAUUGUAAAGGUAAGCACUAAUGCGCAAUCUGCAAUUGGGACUUCUGCUGAGCUAAAAGCAGGAGAUGAGCUGACAAUGAAAGAUUUAUUGCAUGGAUUAAUGCUGCCGUCUGGAAAUGAUGCAGCGUGGGCUAUAGCAGAAUUUUUAGGGCAUUAUUUGUCCCCAGCUUCUAUUAAGCCAACUACACAUUUUGUGGCAGAAAUGAAUAGGACUGCAAGAGAGUUAGGACUUGAUAACACUUUAUAUGGGAAUCCUAGUGGACUUGUGUACAAAAAAAACACUUCAACUGCAAAAGAAGUCGGAUAUCUCGCGUCUGUUGCGCUAAAAGAAGAAAUUUUUAGACAAAUUGUAUCUUGCAAAACUUACAUAACGAAUAUCAGGCAAGGAAAUGGAGAGAUCAGAAAAGUUAUGUGGGAAAAUACAAAUAAAUUGCUUGGAAAAGGGUUUGAAGGUGUAAAAACAGGGGUCACUAAUAAAGCUGGGCCUUGUUUGUGUGCGAGCUAUAGAAAUCGUUCUCAUGUUAUCAUUGUUCUUUUGAAUUCACAGUCGAUGGAAUCACGAUGAAGCGAAGUAAAAACAUUAGCUGAAUGGGGAUGCGAAUAG